AUGACAACGGUUCUGCUCACCAGGUGCUUGAUUGCACUGCUCUUCAUAUGUUCACUGGCUCAAGCAGAUCGCUCUGGCCCAGUAGUGACCCUCAAGACUGGUAGUGUGCAGGGUCACUACAGGACAGUGAGGGGCACAGACCAGCUGGUGGAGGAGUACCUGGGCAUCCCUUUUGCCCGUCCACCUUUGGGGCCGUUGCGCUUUGCCGCCCCGCAACCACCUCAGCCCUGGAAAGGGGUUAGGGAUGCCACCAAACUGCCUAACAUAUGUCUACAGGAUACAAAGUCUACAGAGGCCUUGUGGAAAACCUAUCCUGUUACGUUCCCAGCAGUACAGGUGUCUGAGGACUGCCUUUAUCUUAACGUGUACAGACGCUCUGGAACUCGCUCUGGAGAGAAGCUACCGGUGAUGGUGUGGAUACAUGGUGGCGGCCUGGCUGCAGGAGGAACCUUCUACUACGAUGGCUCACCCCUGGCAGUCUACCAGAACGUGGUUGUGGUUGUCAUUCAGUAUCGCCUCAGUAUUCUGGGGUUCCUAAGUACUGGAGAUGAACAUGCUCCUGGCAACUGGGGCUUCCUGGAUCAGAUAGCCAGCCUUCGGUGGGUCCAGGAAAAUAUAGAGGCCUUUAACGGAGAUCCUGACUCAGUCACCAUUUUUGGACAAUCUGCUGGAGGAAUCAGUGUCUCUUUGUUGGUCAUGUCCCCUUUGGCAGAGGGGUUGUUCCACAAAGCUAUUGCCAUGAGUGGAGUUGUACCUUUGGAGGCCCAUUAUACCAACAACCCACUGGCCAUGGCCAAGAUGAUAGCCAAUCUGACCGAGUGUGAUAACAACGAUACCGAGAAACUUGUCGAAUGCAUCAAAAGCAAGUCUGAGGAGGACAUACUCAAUGCCAUUCAACAGGUUAAGGUGUUUUUAGGUCCGGCUAUUGAUGGCGUCUUCCUAAAAGGCCCGCCUGAGCGCAUUUUAAAGAACAGUGAGUUCCAGAAGGUUCCUCUGCUCUUCGGAGUGACCAAUCAUGAGUUUGGAUGGAUCCUCCCUCAGCUCUUAGGACCUCCUGGGUGGGAUCAGGGUAUGGAGAAGCAGACUGUGGUUUCAGUGAUGGACACGUUCUUCCCUUCUCAUACCGCAGGUGUGCAUGAAUUAAUACUGAAUGAGUACCUCCAAAAUGAUGACUCUCUGGAGAACAUACGGGAUGCUUUCACAGAAAUACUGGGAGACUUGGUCUUGGUCCUGCCUAUCCUCAAAGUGGCUGCAUACCACAGAGAUGCAGGAGCACCUGUGCAUGUGUAUGAGUUUCAGCAUUCACCACUGAUGCACAAAGAAACGCGACCCAGCUUUGUCAAAGCAGACCACUUUGAUGAUGCUUUGUUUUUCCUCGGGGCCUGCUUUUGUAACGGGCACACUAUAGUCACAGGACUUGUGACUGAAGAAGAAGAGGAACUGAGUAAAACAGCCAUGGCGUACAUCACAAACUUUGCACGCACCGGGUCCCCCAAUGGGCCUGGACUGGUGGAGUGGCCUGUAUACAACCACAGUGAAAACUACCUGAUCCUGAACCUGCAGCAGACAGUCAGCCAGAGACUGAAACAGAACAGGGCCCACUUCCUCAACGUCGUCCUGCCUCAGAAACUGGCAAAGUCACAUCCAGUCAAUGAUGAACUCUAA